UGGUACAUGUUUUGGGUUCAGAGACCACAAACCAACACUAAUAGAGAAUAAAUGGACUGCACAGUGUGCUAAUGGAAUAAAUGUACUGACACAUGGGCUAUAUUUAUUCAACGUAAUUUGACAUUUCUUCCACCUAGUUUCUUUGAAGAAACUGCUAUUGCGAGUAAGAAAAGGACCUGUACGCUUUGUAUGAAAACAUUUAAAUAAUUUAUAACGCUCCACAUUAGCACAGGUAUGUUGUAGAAAUACAAAUAACGAUUCAAGCCCACAAAACAUUACAGUACAAGAAACCUUAGGAUUAUGUGAAGAAAUGGAUGAAAGUGGAUUUUAUCUGGUCCUGUUUGUUUUAAGCUUAUUCUGCCACAUGACAACAUGCUGGAUUCUACGGCUCCCGUGCAAAACAGAAGCGAACUUCUCAAUUUCCGCAGCUGGCUAUGCGUUAGAUCACAACGUAUUUGUAAGACUGACAAUGUCCCUUGAGGAUUGCAAGGUUCACUGCAUGUACACGGACAAUUGUCAGUCAUUGAAUUACAAAGUUUCAGGUAGUGAAAACUGUGAGCUAAGCAGAGAAACAAACGUAUCCAAGCCUAACGAUCUGGUCAAGAAGAGUGACUGGACAUAUUACGCGACAAAUCAAAAAACGACCCUGAUUGGAUCAUUUUGCCAAAGAGAGCAGCCUUGCAAGGAAAACGAAGUCUGCAUUGAUGACUGCGUAUGCCCUGGCUAUCGUUGCAUUGCCUGCUCAAUGGAAAACAUUUCUACCUAUUGCUCUGCAUUACCCAAGCGCAGCUGUAAACGAAUUUACACCAGAGGCUCUACAACAAGCGGAAUCUAUUCGCUGGAUGAGAUUGGACAGCAUUAUUGUAUGAUGGAUGGCGACUGUGGCCAAGGAGGUUGGACACUAGCAAUGAAGGUUGAUGGGACAACAGUAAGUACCAGGGGAAUGAAGCCCCAUCAAACUGAACUUAUCAAUACUGCCUUUGACUUACUUAAUGCUACAUUUAAAGAUUCAAAAUUUGCAAUCACUGUUGCCUUGUCCAUGAUAAAAUUGUUAACAAUACUUUUUGAAAAUUUUAACCCCAAAAAAUGGACUAUAAAAUUUUCGAUCAGCAUCACUGAGCAAUUGCAUGACUCAAUUAAGUUUUCUCUAUUUGUAAAGGCUAGUACUAAUAUCUUCUAAAUUAGGUUCUUACCCAAAUGAUAGAAGCCUAUGGUUCCUCUAUUAUUGAGCCUCUGUGCCGGAUUUUUAAAAAAGUCUUGAUACAGAGAUUUAUUCAUCGACUUGGAAUAAGGCAAACAUCGUUCCCAUUCACAAAAAGGGCAGCAUGCAGUGUAAAAAAAACUACAGGCCUAUUUCUCUGCUUCCGAUUCUUGGAAAGAUCUUCAAAAAACUGUUAUCGACAAAAUUUACUCCACUCUUUGUGAAAAUGGACUUCUAGCUCCAAAUUAAUCAGGAUUUCGGAACUGCAAAAUAAGAUAAUGAACAUUUUCUCCUGCCCUGGCAAAAGCUGAAAAUGUGGGGAGCGGUUCUCAUAACACUACAAUAAUUAUCAAGGUAACUCCUACCCACUUAGGCCUUUGCCUAUUGUCUCCACCAGUUCCCGACGUUGGGGAGGCGAGUUUGCCUAACCUUGGGGAGGCGAG